CGUCGAAAUGGUCCAGACGACACUUAUGUACUAAAGGCGAUGUCAAUUACUAUAGAAACUGCUAAACUAGAGAUAUACCUCGCAGAAGAUGAUUAUGUCAUCUUCGCACAAAUUGCAACAAACCUCGCGUGGAUUAAAUUUUUAAUUGGAUGGAUUCACCUCACACUCCGCGCGAAAUCAUAUGAUUUGUAG